UGAAGAGCUCUUAAGGUUAAUGAGCGAAACAGCCGUCUGGAGGAUAUGAAACAUCUACCCAAGAACGAACUUCCUCGCUAUGGAGUGGUGUUGUGAAUGUGGGCCAAGAGUGCAGUGUGGAGAGGUGGACGGUUAAGAUUGUUUUCAAAUGGCCGAGUCUGUCGCUACUUCUGACUGGCCGAUAUCGGUAUGUCAUAUUCACAAGUUCAACUAGUCUUCAUAGUUCUGCAACAGCAGCCUCGAAUGGUUUGUAAAGAAAGAGCUGCGCAGACAUUCCUCAGGUGGCCGAACCAUAACAAGCGCCGUUCCCUGCAUAUGGUGGUGGUAACCGGUGGCAACCCUUACCUACAAGCCGGCUGGAGGAUGAGGCUGCUGUUGUCAGCCGUGCUGGGGCUGUUCCUAGUGUGCGGGACAGUGAACGCAGCUGGAGACUACAACUAUACCUGUGAUGGUGUGACCAUUAUCGUGGCGACCCAAGAGAGGCUGAGUGUUCAGGCCACCCUCUUCUGUCAGAACCAUGGUCUGGAGAUGAUCACGUUCAACAACGUUCACGCCUUUAAGGAGAACGGCGAUCAUUGCCUUUCCCAGUCAAUCGUCAAGUCGCUGAGCAAGGACUCUGUCCAUACGCUUUGGGUGCGUCGCUACGGACGCUAUUUUGCCAACACCUACUUCGACUUGAAGCAGGACACGGUCUACAAGGGAAAUUACACCCAGGCAUUACCAACCGUGUGUGUCCCGCAAUCGUUGGACCGUUGCCUAACGAGCACAUGUCCGGAGGGAACAGUCUGCAGGACGCCAAAACUGGAUACUCAUGUGUGCUUGCCCACCAAGUGGCAAACGAACAUCACUCAGAGCGUGCAUGGCCGAGGCGUGCACACGGAGGUGGUGUACGAGUACAUGGACGACUCCAACCUGUACCUGGCCUCGGCCAGCGAGGUGCUGAGGGGCUGUCCCUCGGACCCGGCCUACACCAACGCCGGCCCGUUCAACAUGGCCCUGUACCUGACCUACCCGGCGGUGCGCAGCGUUGUCAAGCAGAUGCUGCUGGUUGCCGGCACCAACCGCGUCACCACGUUCGUGCGCAACCCCGACGAGCAGCACACCGAGUAUCGCACGUUCUACUUCGACAAGACCAAGGGCGCCUGGACGAACAAGGUCAACUACGACGCAAAGGUCGGCGUAGCCAUCUGCACACGCGAGCGACGCUUCGACCACAUCGACAUUUCCGGUAUCCAUUGUCAGGGGCAGAAGUAUCACGUCGGAAUCAAGGCGUGGCCCCGGUGGCGAGCAGAGGCUGACUGUGAGUCUGCCGACCUGAGGGUGAUGUCUUUCAACCAGGUGGCGCAGAUGAAGAACGACUCCUGCUUCCAGGAAAAGGUCCUUGCCGUCUUCAAGACUGACGGCCGCUACAAGAUCUGGGUGACGGACUACAACAUACUGGAUCAGAAGUUUGCCUACUCAUUAGACAUCAACACCGGCCUGGAUUCGAUCACCUUGCAGGGUGAAGAUGCCCACAAUGUCUACAUCUGCACAUCCAACUGGGAGGACAAAUGUGCGGCAGGCAAGGAGCUGUGCGGCAGUGGAGAGAUAUGUCGCAUUGAUGCCACUGGCGUCGCCCGUUGUCAUGUGACCAGCGUUCAGGAGGAAGGCGUAGUUAUGAAAAACGGCAAGAAGCGCACAGAGAUCGUCUGGUUCCACGCGUUCCACGGCUGGAUGUACCACGACACCCCGAAAGCCACCCUGGCAGCCUGCGAUCGCCAACCUUCCCCGUUACUCGGGGUCUACGGAGUCUUCAACUCCGUCCUGUAUCAUCACAAUCCGAGAUUCAUGAUGGCCUUUGGCAAGCUCCUGCACAUGACCGGAGUGAGCCAGGUCAGUAUAUUAACCCACGGUCACCAAGGCAAGUCGUACGACACUUUCACUUACAGCCGCAAGACCGGCAAUUGGACCUUCUCGGGCUCAGACGCCACCACUGGUCUUGUCAUAUGCUCAACUCAAGUGCUCAGGGAGUUUAUUCCCGAUUCGAGCCACACCUGCGGCGGAGAGGAUUUCUUCGUGUCAGCCGACCACUAUGGCUUCUAUUCGGCCCACAACCUGUGCAAAAAGCACGGCAAGGACAUGCUCACCUUCAACUCCAUGCGUGUUUUGAACAAGGACAAUAGUUGCUUCCGCAACACUAUUCUGAAAACUCUGCGCAAUAAAGGACACGACGACUUUUGGAUCUCGCAGGUCGGCAUCUACGACAACCACGAGGCGUACAACCCACAGACGGACACAGUGCAGUACGAUGGGGAGGGAGGACAUGCGGUUAUUUGCAGCAGGCCCCAGUUGGAUUCGUGUUGGGCUCAUGGGCGCACCCAGCCUUGUGGUAAUGAGAAGCUGUGUCGUUCAAUCAGCCUCACUGGUCAUGUCUGCCACGAUACGCGUGUCGGUGUGCAGAUAACGAAGGAGGAGGGUGGACAAACGAGAAACUACACAGUCCACUAUGAACUGGGGUCUGGGACCAUACUCUACGAGGACCCGGCUCAGGCGAAACAAUCGUGCGGCUUUCCGACGCGAUUCGCCUACUCGUUCCCCUUUCGGAUGGAGGAGUACACCGCGUUCAGUACAGUCAACGCCGCGGUGAACACCCUCUUCGGGGCGAUCGACGUAGGCGUUACCUUGUUUGUCACCAGCGUAGUUCCCACGCCUCCCUUGAACGGCGAGUUCCGUACAUUCAGGUACACGCCACGACUGACGACCAACUGGCUCGCCAAGCCCGCUCCAGACAAAGGCGUGGUAAUCUGCAGCACGAUUUAUCCUCAUAGACGAGGUACCUGAUUCUUGCUCCACUAUUGCUUCCAUCUCACCCCAUGGUUAUUUAAAACCAUACAUCUCUGUCGUUUUGCCCUGUACUCGUUUUCACAAGAGAUCAUCUUAGUCAACAAUAACGUUUCAUUUGCGUGUGCCAACGACAAUUGUUCGAGCACGGAAAACAGCCGCACACCCCAGGCUUCGUUUGCGCCGCCAUACAAUGUAUGUCUGCUUUUAGACCCUCUUUGCCAUAUGAAGUUCAUAAACAUGCUUGUGCACGUUCCUCCUCAUUUGGCUAGUUUUUCCUUAUUUUUCUCGUUGCCCUUUGGCCCUCCUUGAUAACGUGUGUCUGUUUCUCAUCCCCUCUUUCAUACUCACACUACAGCCGAGUCUCAACCAUGCAAAUAUACAGACGUGUGCCGCUAACGCUA